AUGAACCAGGUAGCUCUCAACUACCCAUCUCUCAGAAGCCAGGGAGCUCUCCUUUCAACUACUGAUCCAAUGAACCAGGUAGCUCUCAACUACCCAUCUCAGAAGCCAGGGGCUCUCCUUCCAGCUACUGAUCCAAUGAACCAGGUAGCUCUCAACUACCCAUCUCAGAAGCCAGGGGCUCUCCUUCCAACUACUGAUCCAAUGAACCAGGGAGCUCUCCUUCCAACUACUGAUCCAAUGAACCAGGGAGCUCUCCUUCCAACUACUGAUCCAAUGAACCAGGGAGCUCUCCUUCCAACUACUGAUCCAAUGAACCAGGGAGCUCUCCUUCCAACUACUGAUCCAAUGAACCAGGGAGCUCUCCUUCCAACUACUGAUCCAAUGAACCAGGUAGCUCUCAACUACCCAUCUCAGAAGCCAGGGAGCUCUCCUUUCAACUACUGA